GGCUAGCCUGGAAAAGUGACUUUCGGUUUUGCUUUUCCAGCCUCUGCGCCACAGCCCGGGCUAGUGAAGAUCUCCGACCCCAGACCAAGAUGACGAGCUGCGGCCUCCUGAACAGUUCCAACAAGCCGGUGCCCCUGCGCAGCGGCUCGGUGACGGUGCUGAUCCGAGGCUUCGUGGCGGAUGUCGGCUGCGAGCUGCUCUACAGGAAUGAGGAGCUGGAGCCAGUGGAGGCCGUGUUCGUGUUCCCUGUGGACGCCGAGGCGGCCGUCUACGCCUUCCAGGCCAGCCUGGGGGGCGCCUGCAUCGAGGCCCAGCUCCGCGAGAAGAAAAAGGCACAAGAGCUGUACGGGGAUGCGCUGGCCGCGGGGCAGAGCUCAUUCUUGCUGCAGCAGGAGGGGACUGGGGGCGAUGUUUUCAGCUGCUCCCUGGGUAACCUGUCCCCCGGGGAGGAGGCGGUGCUGACCCUGCGCUACGUCUGCGAGCUGCCGCUGGAGCCCGAUGGAGCUGCCCGCUACAUGCUGCCAGCUGUGCUGCGCCCCCGCUAUACGCCCCAUGGGUGGGACGGGGAGGACGUCACCCAGGGGGUCCCACGAGUCCCCCAGGGGGAGCUGCCCUACACCCUGAGCCUGAGCGUCACGCUGCAGUCACCCCAUGGCCUCGACCGCGUACUCUCCAACUGCUCCCUCACCCCCCUGAGCUACACGGCUGGGAACCGGACCACCGCCCAGGUGUCUCUGGCUGAGGCCCCCCCGUGGGACCGAGACGUGGAGCUGCUGGUGUAUUACGCGGAGCCGCACAAACCUAGCGCGGUGCUGGAGGUUGGGUUGCCCGGAGCAGAGCCAGGCUCCCUGAUGGGUGACCCAGCCGUAAUGGUGACCCUGCUGCCCAGCCUGCCCGAGGCUGUACCAGGCCAGAGCUCGGCCGGGGAGUUCAUCUUCCUGCUGGACCGCUCCGGCAGCAUGGAGUGCCCCAUGGACGGCCGAGACCGCUCCCCCCAGCGCAUCGACAGCGCCAAGGAGACCCUGGUCCUGCUGUUGAAGAGUUUGCCCCUGGGCUGUUAUUUCAACAUCUACGGCUUUGGGUCUCGGUUCGAGUCCUUCUACCCGCAGAGCGUGGGAUACACCCAACAGACCAUGGCCGAGUCCCUGCAGCGUGUCCAGCAGCUCCAGGCUGACCUGGGGGGCACCGAGAUCUUGGCGCCACUACGAGCCAUUUACAGCAGCCCCUGCCGGGACGGGCACCCACGCCAGCUGUUCGUGUUCACGGACGGGGAGGUGGGGAACACCCAGGAUGUCAUAGCUGAGGUGCAGCGUCACCGGGGGGCCCACAGGUGCUUCUCCUUUGGCAUCGGGGAAGGGGCCUCCACGGCUCUGGUCAAAGGCAUCGCCCGGGCAGCAGGGGGCAGCGCCGAGUUCAUCACAGGCCAGGACCGCAUGCAGCCCAAGGCGCUGCAGUCUCUGAAGCGGGCCCUGCAGCCGGCCGUGACUGGGAUCUCGCUGAGCUGGGAUCUGCCUCCCGGGAUGGAGGCGGCGCUGCUGGGCCGGGGCCCUGAGGUGAUCUUCCCUGGGCAGCGGUGCCUCAUCUACACCCAGCUCCUCGGGCUGCCCCAGCCCCCAGACACUGCCAUGGGGGGCGUCACCCUGCAGUACCGCAUCCAGGACCAGACCUACAAGGAGACCCUGCAGUUCCCCCUGCAGCCACAGGAUGGAGACAGGCUCCCCGUUCACCGGCUGGCAGCCAAGUCACUGCUCCUGGAGCUGGAGGGGGCCAUGGACACCGGGUCGGAGGGGGACCGGCGCCGGGCGCUGGAGACCAGUCUGAGCUCGGGGGUCGUCUGCUCCCUCACGGCCUAUGUGGGGGUGGACACGGAGCGGAGGCAGCCAGUGCAAGGGCCGCUGGUGAGACGGGACAUCCCGCUGAGAGGCUUCGGGGCCGCAUCCCACAUGCGGAAGAUGUGCUGUUUUGUCACCGCGAACUCCAGCGCCCCCAUGGCCAUGUCCUGUUCCGCCUCUCUGCCCAUGGCCUGGACCCAAGGGUUCUCCGGUGUGUCCGUGGACUGCGCCAUGGCCUGCGACUUUGACGACAGCUCGGAUGUGCCAGAGCCGGCACCAGAGGAGUCUCCCCUGCUGAGGCUGGUGUCUCUGCAGAAUGCUGAUGGCUCGUGGGACCUGGACCCCCGGCUGGCCGCUGCGUUGGGGGUGAGCGAGACGGAUGCCAGGGGGAGGAUGCCCAGUAAGGGCGUGGCCCCCGGUGUCUGGGCCACAGUGCUGGCUGUGGUCUGGCUGCACGGCCGGGCCGCAGGGCAGCGCGAUGAGUGGGAGCUGCUGGAGGCCAAAGCUGUAGGCUGGAUGCGGGGCCAAGCAGGGCCCCGGCUGAGCGAAUGCCUGGAAGCCGCCAACACCCUGCUGGGCUGCAGCGUUGGCCCUGCUGUCUUCGGGCUCUGAGCCCCCCACAGAUCCUGUAAACUCCCCCCCCCAAGCAAGCUACCCUGGGCCUCCAACCCGGCUGAGCCCCGCCAAUCCCCAUACUUCCCCCACAAGCUAUCCCGGGCUUCCAGCCCUGCUGAGACCCUCCCCCCCCACCGCCCCAUGGAUCCUAAAUUAAGAGCAGCCAGUUGGUUUGCAUAAGUUUUACGAAAACAGUUUAAAUUGACCCUGUAACUUACAGCGGAGGAAGGUCAUUGUGCAGACAGGCCCUUGGUGCUGCGGGUGGAGACUGUCUCUGCCAGCCCCUCGCUGGAAUAAAGCAGUUCCCCGGG